GCCCCCCCCGGCCUGAGACCCCCCAUUGCAGGACCCCUCUCCCCCGCUGCCCCCCUCCCCGGCCUGAGCCCCCUUUGCAGGACCCCUCUCCCCCCAUGGAGCCCGGCGGGCUGGGCCGGGUCCUGUCCGACCUGCUGCAGCCGGACAACGCCUUGAUCCAGCAGGCCACGGCCCAGCUGCGUGAGGCCUUCAGACACCCCGAGGUGCUGCCCCAGCUCUGCCAGCUGCUGGCAGGGGCCCCGGACCCCCAGAUCCGGCAGCUGGCAGCUGUGCUCCUGCGCCGGCGUCUCACCAAGCACUGGCGGAAGCUGAACCCUGAGGAGCAGGACAGGCUGAAGAGCUUGGUGCUGGGAGCCCUGCAGCAGGAAGCAGAGCACCAGGUCUCGGUGGCCCUGGCCCAGCUGGCUGCGCUGCUCCUGCGGCACCAGGGGCUGGAGCGCUGGCCCCAGCUACUGCAGCUCAUCCAGCAGGGGGUGCGCGGCCCUGACCCACACCUCCGCCAGAUCUCGCUGCUGGUGCUGAGCUCGGCGCUGGAGUCGGACCCCGAGGCCUUCGCCCCCCACUACUCUGCCCUACUGCGUCUCUUCCACAGUGCCCUGGGCCAGCGCGGCCAGCCGGGGGCGCUCUACUACUGCCUGCGGGGGCUGGCAGCCAUGGCCGCUGGGCUGGGCGCCGACCACCUGAAUCUCAUGCGCUCCCUGGUCCCGAAGAUUAUCUCAGCCGUCAGGCAGCUGAUUUCCAUUAACGAGGUGCAUGCCAGCGAGGCCAUGGAAGUCUUUGAUGAGCUGAUGGAGAGCGAGGUCUCCGUCAUCGUCCAGCACCUCUCCGAUGUUGUCGGCUUCUGCCUGGAGGUGGCGUCGAACCGAGCGCUGGGGGAUGCGCUGCGGGUGAAGGCACUUUCCACCCUCAGCUUCCUCAUCAAACUGCGGGGCAAGGCUAUGCUGAAGCAGCGGCUGCUGCCUCCCGUGCUGGACGCCCUGUUCCCCAUCCUGAGCGCGGAGCCUCCCCUGGGGCAGCUGGAUGCCGAGGACCGGGAGAGUGAGGACGAGGGGGAUGAGGCCCAGACCCCCAAACACAUGGCUGCCCAGGUGAUCGACAUGCUGGCCCUGCACCUGCCCCCUGAAAAACUCUUCCCCCAGCUUAUGCCGCACCUGGAGCCGGCCCUGCAGAGCCCCCGGCCCUACGAGCGCAAGGCCGGGCUCAUGGUGGUGGCGGUGCUGGCCGAGGGCUGCGGGGAUCACAUCCGCACCAGGCACCUACAGUCCCUCCUGGGGGUGAUUUGCCGGGCGCUGGCAGACGAGAGCCUAGUGGUGCGGAGUGCAGCCCUCUUCGCCCUGGGGCAGUUCUCGGAGAACCUGCAGCCCGACAUCGCGGCCUAUGCGGGGGAGGUGCUGCCGCUGCUGCUGUCCUACCUGCGGGGGGUGGAGCCGGUGCGGGGGGGCCAUCUGGCCAAGGCCUACUACGCCCUGGAGAACUUCGUGGAGAGCCUCGGGGCCGGGAUCGAGCCAUUCCUGCCGGUGCUGAUGGAGCAGACGCUGGGGACCCUGCGCUCCCCGGGGGGGCCCCGCCCCAAGGAGCUGGCCAUCAGCGCGCUGGGGGCCAUCGCCUCAGCCGCCCAGCGCGCCAUGGGGCCGUAUCUGCCCCAUGUCCUGGAGCAGCUUCGCCUGUUCUUGCCCCCCGCCGCCCCCCAGGAGCAACGCCCCCUGCAGUGCCAGGCCGUGGAGACGCUGGGGGUGCUGGUGCGGGCGCUGGGGCGCGAGGCUGUGGGACCCCUGGCAGAGGAGAGCUGCCAGCUGGGGCUGGGCCUGGCCGAGGGGCAGGACGACCCCGACCUACGGCGUUGCACGUACAGUCUCUUCGCCGCGCUCUCCUGUGCCAUGGGGGACGACCUGGCCCCCCACCUGCCCCGGAUCACCACCCUGCUUCUCUACUCCCUCAAAUCCACCGAGGGCCUCGUGCCCCCCGCCGGGGACACCAGCUCCUUCCUGCUGUUUGAGGACGAGGAGGCCGAGGUGGAGGGGGAGGAAGAUCUGGACGGGGAGGACGACGAGGAGGAGGAGGAAGAGCUGUUCGGACUGAGCGUGGAAAGCGCCUACGUGGACGAGAAGGAGGACGCUUGCUCCGCCCUGGGGGAGAUCGCAGCGAACGCCAGCGUCGCCUUCCUGCCCCACCUGGAGAGCUGCGUCCCGGAGGUCUUCCAGCUGCUGGAGUUCCCUCAUCUGGGGGUCCGGAAAGCCGCCUACGAAGCCCUGAGCCAGUUCUGCAUUGCUCUGCGUCGGGUCUGCGAGCAGGACCCCUCUGAGCCCCAUGCUGCCGGGUUGCAGCGGCUGCUGGGCCUGGCGCUGCCGGCCAUGGCGCGGGGCGUGCACCGGGAGCGGGAGCGGCUGGUGGCCAUGGCGGUGCUGGAGGCGCUGGGCGCGGUGCUCACCGCCUGCCAGCAGGAGGCGCUGCGGAGCCCAGGGCACCUGGCCGAGCUCUGCGGGGCCCUUCGCGCCGUGCUGGAGAGGAAGACAGCCUGCCAGGACGAUGGCUUGGACGAGGAAGAUGAGGAGGAUGAAGAGCAGGCGGAGUACGAUGCCAUGCUGCUGGAGUACGCGGGGGAGGGGAUCCCCGCUCUGGCCGCGGCCGCAGGGGGCGAUGCCUUCGCACCGUAUUUCGCCGGCUUCCUGCCCCUGCUGCUCAACAAAAUGAAGCCCAGCUGCUCGGUGGCAGAGCGCUCCUUCGCUGUGGGGACGCUGGCGGAGACACUGGGGGGGCUGGGCCGGGCCACGGCCCCCUUCGUGCCCCGGCUCCUGCCCCCCUUCCUGGGGGCUGCCCGGGACCCCGACCCCGAGGUGCGGAGCAAUGGCAUCUUCGCACUGGGAGUGCUGGCCGAGCACGGCGGGGAGGCCCUGCUCCCACACUACCCCAAGAUCCUGGCCCUGCUGGCGGGGGGCAGCACCCAGGAGUCGAGCGCCCGCGUGCGGGACAACGUCUGUGGGGCCGUCGCCCGCAUGGUCCUGAGCCAGCCCCAGGCCCUGCCCCUCAGCCAGGUGUUCCCCGCCCUGCUCCGCUCCCUGCCCCUCACGGAGGAUUUCGAGGAAAAUAAAACCGUUUUCCGCUGCAUCACUUUCCUGUACGAGAACGCCCCCCAGCAGGUGCUGCAGCAGGUGGGGGAGGUGGUGCGGGCCAGCAGCACCGUCCUGGGGACCGACCAUCUCCCGGCAGGGACACGGCCCCUCCUUGAUCAAGUGACUCUUGGCGAGGACAGUCAAGCUCCCUCUGCCUGUUCUCCCACCAUUGGCCAACCGGACCCAACUCCACCUGUUCUUCCCCCCAAAUGGUCAACUCUAGACCCCCCAGAUUGUUCUCAUCACUGGGGGGGCCCUUCGGGGCAUAUGACUGAACUGUGUCUGCCUGUAUCCAGCACUGUCGUGGGGAGGUCUCAGUCUGUGGUCUUGAGUCUGCUUCGCCUGUCUUCUCACUUGCCACCACUGCGAAGGGGGGAUCCGAGUACUGUUUGGUCACCAGUUGCCUGUAACUUUCACCCACUGCCCCCAUGGAGCGGGUAGCUCCCGUCAUUCCCCAGGGCUGCCUCUCGUUUGAUUUCCUCCACCAAUGUAAGAGCAUAUUAGAGACAUGGUAUGAAUGGAUUCUGCCUGUACCUGUCACCAGCGGGAGGAGGACUUCGGUUACGGUGUUUGAUCCUUCUUCCACCUCUGUGCAGCACUGGUGUGGGACGAAACCAAGUCAUGUUGUGAUCUGGCUCUGUCGGUGGUUAGCACCAUCGUUAUGGUGUUGAACUGGAUCCUCCCGUGUAUUUCACCAUGGAUUUGAGAGGUGUCUCACCUGUAAUUGUUGUUGCCCUAAAGGGGAGUAUUAGUCUCAUUGUUAUCCAGUUGGCCUGUUGUUUUUGGAUCCCGUUGCUUGCCUGUAUUUAUUCUUCCUCUGCUGAUGGGAGUUGCAUCGCUAACCGGUUCACCUGUAGGUUUUCCACGCAGCACACUCAUAGGAUGACCAUGUUCAGCUGCUUCACUGUUGCCAAGCGGGAGGAUUUUGUCUGGCUGUUCAACCACUUUGCCUGUUCUUUCACCCACCAUGGCUGCAGGGAGUCUGAAUCCUGUAGUUACCCCGGUUCACUUGUUGGACACCCCCCUUACCCCCCGCCAAAACGAGAGGGGAUUUCUUUGCUCAGUUUGCCUGUAGCUUUUCACCAACCAGCGUCUCACAUGGAAGUCUGUCUUCCUGUUACCCGUUUCACCCGUAGCUGUUACUUAUCCUAUGGAAGAGUUGAUUUCCAAGUGUGAACCAGUGUUCCUGUGUCAUCCCCCCCCCCCCCCCCCCCCACACACACACACACUGCAGGGACGAGCCUCAGUUGCAUUGUCCUCUAGGCCACCUGUAUUUCUUCACCCGCUAUCUACAGCAGGGUUUCAGUCUUGGCAUUAAUGUGUUGGACUGUGUCUUCCAAUGGCAUGGGGAGAAUUGAAUCACAGGGUGAGUGGUUCGAUACAGGCUGUAUCUUCACCUAGCGCUCCGAGGGUGGUUUUGUGUCAGUGGCAGUCUGCUCUGCCUGUGUUUUCACCUUGCGAGAAGCGGUUUCCAUCCUGUUUCUUAAUCAGUUCACCUGUGAUUUUACUUUUCACCCGCCGCCGGGUGUAUUUGUCUGGUUGUUCACUCAGCUGACAUUCUACCCCUGCCAGAUCAGCCAACGCUCUUAGUGCUGGUGGUGUUUUGGGGUGGUUCUAGGUCUGAGCAAUACCCCACCAUUCCUGUAUUUAACACCUCUUUGACAGUUGUGUUGUUGUUUUUGAUGAGAGAAAAUCUAUAUCUUUGGAAUAAAAUAAUGUUUGCCUGA